UCGCGCGGCCGCGGGGCCGACCGGGCCGAGACGAGCGCGGCGACGGCUCCGAAGCGUCGGGUCCGGGCGGCUGCGGCGGCGCCUGGGCUCCCCCAGCCUGAGCCGCCUGGGCCGCGCCCCCCUUGACCCCACCCCGCGGGCCGGCGCAGAAUCCAAGAGCCCCUUUUGCCAUUUCUCCAAGUUGCUUGAUGGGAGGCAUGAUGGCCCCCAGAGACAUCAUGACGAACACGCACGCCAAGUCCAUCCUCAACUCGAUGAACUCGCUCAGGAAGAGCAACACCCUGUGCGACGUGACUCUGCGGGUGGAGCAGAAGGACUUCCCCGCCCACCGGAUCGUGCUGGCUGCCUGCAGCGACUAUUUCUGUGCCAUGUUCACCAGUGAGCUGUCAGAGAAGGGGAAACCUCACGUCGACAUCCAGGGUUUGACCGCCUCCACCAUGGAGAUCCUGCUGGACUUCGUGUACACGGAGACGGUGCACGUGACGGUGGAGAACGUGCAGGAGCUGCUCCCGGCGGCCUGUCUGCUGCAGCUGAAAGGCGUGAAGCAGGCCUGCUGCGAGUUCUUGGAGAGUCAGCUGGACCCUUCCAACUGCCUGGGCAUCCGGGACUUCGCCGAGACCCACAGCUGUGUGGACCUGAUGCAGGCUGCGGAGGUGUUUAGCCAGAAGCACUUUCCUGAAGUGGUGCAGCACGAAGAAUUCAUCCUCCUCGGCCAAGGAGAGGUGGAGAAGCUGAUCAAGUGCGAUGAAAUUCAGGUGGAUUCCGAAGAGCCGGUCUUUGAGGCCGUCAUCAACUGGGUGAAGCACAACAAGAAGGAGCGAGAGGAGUCCCUGCCUGGCCUGCUGCAAUACGUCCGGAUGCCCCUGCUGACCCCCAGGUACAUCACCGACGUCAUAGACGCCGAGCCGUUCAUCCGCUGCAGUCUCCAGUGCAGGGACCUCGUUGACGAAGCAAAGAAGUUUCAUCUGAGGCCUGAACUGCGGAGUCAGAUGCAGGGGCCCAGGACGAGGGCUCGCCUGGGAGCCAAUGAAGUGCUUCUGGUGGUUGGGGGCUUUGGGAGCCAGCAGUCUCCCAUCGACGUGGUGGAGAAGUAUGACCCCAAAACUCAGGAGUGGAGCUUCUUACCGAGCAUCACUCGGAAGCGACGCUACGUGGCCUCCGUGUCUCUGCAUGACCGGAUCUAUGUCAUCGGAGGCUACGAUGGCCGUUCCCGCCUCAGUUCGGUGGAGUGUCUAGACUACACCGCAGAUGAGGACGGGGUCUGGUACUCCGUCGCCCCGAUGAAUGUCCGGCGAGGCCUCGCUGGCGCCACCACCCUGGGAGCAGAUAUGAUCUAUGUCUCUGGAGGCUUUGAUGGCAGCCGGCGUCACACCAGUAUGGAGCGCUAUGACCCCAACAUUGACCAGUGGAGCAUGCUGGGAGAUAUGCAGACAGCCCGGGAAGGCGCUGGGCUGGUGGUAGCCGGCGGAGUGAUCUAUUGUCUAGGAGGAUAUGAUGGCUUGAAUAUCUUAAAUUCAGUUGAGAAAUAUGAUCCCCAUACAGGACACUGGACUAAUGUGACACCAAUGGCCACCAAGCGCUCUGGUGCAGGAGUAGCCCUGCUGAAUGACCACAUUUACGUGGUGGGGGGAUUUGAUGGCACAGCCCACCUUUCUUCCGUUGAAGCAUACAACAUCCGCACCGAUUCCUGGACGGCUGUCACCUGCAUGACCACCCCACGAUGCUACGUGGGGGCCACGGUGCUUCGGGGCAGACUUUAUGCGAUUGCAGGCUACGAUGGGAACUCCCUGCUGAGCAGCAUCGAGUGCUAUGACCCCAUCAUUGACAGCUGGGAAGUGGUGACAUCCAUGGGGACCCAGCGCUGUGACGCCGGUGUGUGUGUUCUCCGAGAGAAGUGACCCUUGUUGGAAACCAUCCAAAGCAAGUGACCAGUCCAGGGGCCAGUUGGCGGGAGAAUCGAGAUGGUUCCCAGAAUGUCUGCUUCCCGCUGUACUCAGGGUGAUUACAAGCACCGAUGUCGUGAUGCUUGUCCUUAUUUGACACACACUGCCCCUCACGCUGGUACUUGUCCCCGAGUAGGCUGGGGAACGGACGCUCACGCAUGGGACGAGGUGCACUCUGACUGGCUGUGAGAGGCCAGGUCCUCUCCUGGUCUAGACAGCACUUCCUGGUGGUUUCCAGUGCGCCGUGUGCUCAGGAGGGUUUGUACGUUGUGCCUCGUGUGCUGCUGAGAAUGAAGGUGAGUACGACCUGCUAGACGUGGGCGGUGUCUGGCCAGUAUCUGGAUUGGAAGGGUGCCAGCUCGAGUCAGCUUGAUAAAAUGCAAGCCUUGUUUUCCAGGAAAAAGUAUCUUUCCUAGUCUGCAGACAGCUGGUGACAACAUAGUUCCACCCUGGAGGGAAACAAAGGGAAGAGUCCUGACAAAGCUUUGGGGCUCGGGAGACAUCUGUGUGACACUCCAGUGAGGGUAGGGCUGGUGUACCAGAACUGGGUUUGGAGUAAGUGAAGUACAGUGGGACCCUGGUUCUCAAACUUAAUUGCUUCUAGAAGACUGUUCGAGAAGCAAUUUGUUAGAAAACUGAAUCUCACAGGUGACUGAUCAUACAGACAUCAGCAUGAAAGGAUUCUCAGGCUGACAACCAAAGUUCUGUGUGACAACCAAGAUGUUUUUUCUGUGAACAGCUUGGUCAGGAACUGAACUCUGGGAUGGGAGGCAUUUGAGAACCAAGGUUUGGCUGUAACUAGAAUUUGAUGGUGUGUUGCCUGGGAGGCAGAGGAGGGCAGUUAUUUAAAGGGUCCUCAGGUUUCCCAGGUUUUUCUGGACUUCAGUGUGGCUCCUCUUGGCCCUGGAGCCUGUGUGAGAGAAAACAGAACAAGCGUCAGGUGGGCAGAGGGCGAGUCAGGGAGGAGUAGAAGUACCCGUGAUUUCAUAAUCAUAAUCGUUCUGCUCCCUGCCCAGCACAGCAGGGUUCUCAAGGGGGUGAGAGGCUUCCUUUGUUGAAUCAGAACAUGGUACUGCUGUUACAUUGCCGUGCUAUUUAUUUUGGGACAGGGAAGGGGUGCAGCAGUGUGGAAGUUCAGCUACCUGGUAUUGCCCUGUCCUUUUAAGGGUGCACUUCUGCUAAGGGUGGUUUUUACUGCUGUUGGGUACGUUUUGUCCUUUUCCUACUAUAGAGUACCUGCAUCUGUCCUGAGAGUGAACCAACGUUUACCCCAGCACAGAAUAAUUAAAGGGCAACCAAAGUCCCUGUGUUGGUCCAGUACCUGCACUCCCCAUUUCUGAGCCACACUCAAGGCUCCUCUGUGCUGUGGAGUGAGAUUCUUGCUGUACGGGUCCUGGGACUGUGGGAACGUGACAACCUAAACCAAUGACGAGGCACUUGCCCUUUACUUUGAAAUUCCUUUGUUCUCUCCCUGAAUUUAAUUGCCCUAAAGAGUUUGUUUCCUUUGUAUUUUUUUAAGAAAAUAUUAAAAAUCAUCUGUCUCAAA